AUCAGAAGACGACGAUAGAAAGGAGCUCGACUGUCGUAAAUUCGUAACUAUGGCCCACGGUGGCUACGGCAAGCGGCGCGUGGCGGUGGGCAAGCGCGUUGGUCGCCGAUCAAAGGGACCCGGCGUGGACAAGAAGACCAAGCCUAAGGCCGUCUCCCUCAAGAACCAAAUUCGCUCCAUUGAGCGCAUGCUUCGCAAGGAACUUCCACCUGAAGUUAGAGAAGCGCAAGAGAAGAAGCUAGAAGGACUUAAGAAACAACAAGAAAUUCAUACCCGUUUGGCUGUGGAACGCAAAAUUUUCUUGCGGGACAGAAAGAUUAAGUUUUUUGAAAGAAGAAAGAUAGAAAGGAGGAUAAGGCGUCUAGAGAAGCUGCAACGUACUUCUUCCAGUCAGGCCCAAGAUGCACAGAUUGUGAAGCAGCUUUCCAAAUUGAAAGAAGAUCUUGAAUAUGUUAGGUUUUUCCCGAAGACAGAGAAAUAUGUAUCUUUAUUUACAGGAGGUGAUUCCAACAUGGUUGAUCGAAGAAAUAGGUUACGCAAGCAGAUAAAAGCCAACUUAAUUGCGGCUGCUGCCAGUGGAAAGGAUUUGGAAGAGACUGGAAGUGAGGAUGAUGGACUGUUGGACAUGAGCGAAGAUGAUUUCUUUUUGUCUGGAAGCUCGAGUGAUGAAGCAGAUGCAGAUGAUGAAUGGACUGACAAAAGUGCGAGGGAACAGGCUUCUAGUGCUUCUGGUAUCGCAGCUUCUGGCAUGUCCAGUGAUGAAAGGAAUCAGAGACAGAUUUCUGCCAGAGAAUUAAUGCCACCUCCCAGGCCAUCAGCUAAUUCUCUUCAAAGUAGAGUAAACUCUCAAUCAAGGUUUGCAUCUUCUUCCAGAAAAAAUUCAGCCAUGAGGAGGGCUGAAAUGCCCUCAUCCAGCAACACAUCGAAUAGCAGAAGCAGCUCAUCCUUUAAGUUAGGAGGAUCCUCAAAUUCCAAAACAGGUCCCAGUAGCAAUUUAAGCUCAGGCUCUGAUGCUCGCAAACCACGACGAAAGAGAAGGCCAAAGAAGAAAAAGCAGCAGGCCUGAAUCGGUUAAACUGAGCUUAGAAUGAUCCAAAGCAUCUGAUUGAAGUAACUUAUAUUUGUUCAAAAUUCUUAGUUCUGUUUUAACAUCACUUGAUUUUAUUUCCCUGUAUGUUAAAGAGGUAGAACUCUGGUGCUUACAACUCUCCAUGAUGAUGACACCGAACACACAUACCGGUACUAGGUUCUAGAGAACUGGAUUUCUACAUCCAUUGUUUUAUCAUCGUGAAAUUUAGUUUAAAGUUAUAUUGGAAAUUUUUGGAAGCUUCAUUUUCCCAAUCUCACUCUUGUUCAAGUUUCUUGCACUCUUAAAUUUUUUCACUAAUCAAUAAAGAGAUUAAGGAUUU